UGUGCCAUCUUGCUCCCCCCUUCUUCCUCCAUCUCCAUCUCUGUCACUAGCGGAGCACCACACCUGGUGGGUCCGCUACAGCUAGCGAUGACGAUGAUGCUCCUGUAGUGGAGGAUGACGCGGUGGGGCAAGGGGGAGGGGUUGCGAUGGAUGGGGAGGCAGGGGAGGCGGUUCAUGGGGAGGCUGGCAGCGGGGUGGAUGAGGUGACAAGAAGGGUUGUGGUCGGUGGAGAGACUCCGGUCCGGAGACCUGCUUUGUCGCAGACUGGGGACCAGGCUGCCCGCAGACGGGGGGCGGCUAGACAGACGAGCAUCGUCAGGUACGCGAAGAACCCUAGACAGGAGGGGAUCGAUGAAACCUGUUGUGAGUUCUUCGUCGAGAAUGCCAUCCCGUUAAACGCCGCAAAAAGCAAGAGCUUCAAGAAGUUCCAGCUGACGUGUUAUGGGCCGCAACCUGCGGCGAACUCCCCUCUUGUGCCCACUGGGUACAACCCACUGCGAUGCAGGCUGCUUGAUCAGUUGCGCGGGAGGUUAAAGGUUGAGGAGAAGGUGGUCCGGGACGACUGGGAGGUGAUAGGCUGCACGUUCAUAACCGAUGGCACCACAAACAUCUGUGGGCGAUCGCUUAUGAAUUACAUACUCGCCGGGCGGUCGAAACCCGUUUUCAUCAAAUGCGAGGAUGUGAGUGAGGGAGAGAAGGAUGCAACUGCCGUCGUCGCUGGGUGGAAGAGGUUCUUCAAGGAGUGGGGAGUAGACAAGGUAACUGCGAUCUGCACACCCUCCUUCGCAGGGAACAAGAGUAUUGCCCGGAUGUUGAGGGAGGAUCCUGAAUUCGUGCAAAUCUACUGGAUCCCUUGCACGGCACACUGCAUGGACCUGCUCAUGCACGACAUCGGCAAGAAGGAGUGGGCGGUGACCAUCAUCGACAAGGGCAACAAGGUGGUCACCUUCUUCAGAGUGCACAAGUGGCCACGAUCGCAAUUGCGGACACAGUUGUUGCAACGCCCGGACCUUGAGUGCACCUGCCUACUUCGCCCAACUCAGACGAGGUUCGGGACAAACUACGUGAUGCUGCAGCGACUGCAGGUCUGUGCAAAGGCCAUCAUUCGCAUCGUGAAUGGACUCGCCUGGGAGAAGAUGGUGUGGAAGGGGGAUAUCAGGGGGAAGGCGUUGUUUGUGAAGGAGACUGUUCUUGACAGGGCCUUCUGGGCCGAUGUCAAGAAGCUGACCACCCUCAUGAAGGGCCCUUAUGAAGUCCUGCGAGAGGUGGACAAGGAUGUCCACUGCUUGUCUCGGAUCUAUGACCUGGCCCGCCAUUUACCUAUUUUCGUCCGUUCGGCCCCCCUCGGUGACAAGGAGCGAGAUGAUAUCCUGGUGGACGUGAAGAAUAGGAUAAAUAUGCUGCUCAGCCCAAUCCACGCCUUUGAGGCUGUUGUGGAGCGGCUCAUCGGCAAGAGAGGGAGCAAGAAGUUUGACGACUGCUUGGACCAACUGUACGAGUUCCAGAUGGCGAGAGGAGUGUUCGGCACCAUACGGGCGUUGCAGAGGGCGAAGAAGGACAAUGCAGUGCUGUGGUGGGAGGCGCACGGGGGUGGCCAUCCAAAGAUCAAGGCUCUGGCGGUGAAGGAAAAGUUGAACCACCAGCGCACUGAGAAGUUGGUGUACUCGCACUGGAGCCUCCGGCUCAAGAGCAGGGGUGAUGACGGCCCAACGGUGGUAGGAGGAUGGUUGGGGCUAGCAUCAGACUGGGCUGACGAUGAUUUGGAGGGUGAUCAGGCGGGUUUGACCGACGCUGUCGACAACGGUGAGGUCGGUCAUGAGGCUGCUCCAUCCGGUGCAGGUAGCACCACCGUUCCCCAUGAUCCUGCUGCGGCCGGGACAUCAGUAGGCAUGCCGAGGCGGGGAGAGGUGGAGGAGGGUAUGGAGGGGGGUGAGAUGGAGGAGGAGGAGGACGAGGACGAUGUGAACAACGAGGAUGAGAUUCCACAUGACGAGUGGGUGGACGAUCGGUCAGACUCGGACCGAUCGUGGACGAGGAGGGAGGAAAUCACACCAUAUAUUGCGGGCACACGAGUUGGAUUAAGGUCCCAGAGCCAGCGGCAGCAGGUGCAGCAACAUGAGGAGCAGCCUGUGGAGGAGGAGGAGGACGUGGAGCAGCAACAUGAGGAGCAGGAGGCAGAGAAGCAACAUGAGGAGCAUCAAGAGAAGAAGCAGGAGGCGGGGCAGCAGGCAGAGGUCCACGAGGAGCAGCAAAUAGAGGUUCACGAGGAGCAGCAAAUAGAGGAGCAGCAGGUGGAGGACCAUGAGGAGCAGCACGAGAUGCACCCGGUGGAGGAGUAUGAUGACCAGCAUGAAGAGCAGCAGCAGGCUGACGUUCAGCAGUGGGAGGAUGCCCUGGGGCACGGGGAGCAGGAGGGCGAGGCAAAGGGAGGUCAGUGUUGCCCGGAGGUGCGGUCAUUUUAUGGUGCCAGUCUCCCGUCGCACCUGCUCGGUAGUGGCCGAGCACAUCCCGGGCAUGUAUGGGAUCCGCUCGGCUAUCGUGCUCCGCGAGGCAGAGGGCGCCUUCCUUCCAUAGGAGGCAGAGGUCGCGCUCGUGCCGCACGAGGGACAGGUCGCCCGAAAGGGCGGCCACGGAAGGACAAGCAGCCAAUGCCUGAUCCUGCAGCCUCCCCCUCUGAUGACGACUCCCAUGAGAGUGCCCCCCUGCAUAGAACGAAAAAGAGGAGGACAGCGCCCGAUGAAGGCGGAGAGACACAGUGAGAGAGUGCGAGAGAGAGAGAGAGAGAGAGAGAGAGAGAGAGAGAGAGAGAGAGAGAGAGAGAGAGAGAGAGAGAGAGAGAGAGAGAGACCUAUUGUUGUUUCUUUUCUAUUCAUGCACGGUGCCUGCUCCUCGUAAUCACCCGCGCCACGUUGACGUUGUCUUUUGUUGUCAGUCGCUUCGUGUGAUCGUGCCAUUAAGUC